GCAGAUAGAUACAGCACACAAUUGCUAACCACUACGGAGAGUUAACCGGAGCCAAACACUGUCCCUAAAAUACAAAAUGGCAGGAAGUGUGUUAGACCAGAUUCAAAGAUCACCAAUUCUGCCCGUUCUGGCUUACUGUUCGGCAUCCAUCCUUAUGACGGUGUCGAACAAGUAUGUUCUUAACCUCAAGGACUUUAACAUGAAUUUCCUCCUUCUUGCUAUUCAAUCUACGGUUUGUACUCUUGCGAUUACGGGUUUAAAACGCUUGAAUAUUAUCAAAUUCCGCGACUUCAACUUUAAGGAAGCUCGUUUCUGGUUUCCCAUUUCCUUCUUGCUUGUUUCCAUGAUUUACACGGGUUCCAAAGCUCUGCAAUAUCUCACAGUUCCAGUUUACACUAUCUUUAAGAAUCUUACUAUUAUUGUCAUCGCAUAUGGUGAAGUCCUUUGGUUCGGAGGCAGUGUCUCUUCCUUGACACUCUUUUCCUUUGGUCUCAUGGUGCUUUCGUCUGUCGUUGCUGCCUGGGCCGAUAUCAAGAGUCCUGCUUCUGAGGGUGCUUCUUUCAACGCCGGAUACUUUUGGAUGUUCGCAAACUGCUUGACCAACGCGUCUUUUGUGCUUGCCAUGCGCAAACGCAUCAAGCUCACCAAUUUCCGUGACUUUGACACCAUGUUCUACAACAACCUCCUCAGCAUCCCCGUCCUGUUGAUUCUCACCGUCUUGACUGAGGAUUGGAGUGCCGAAAACUUGACUCGUAUCUUCCCUCCCGGCUCUGGUCUCUCCGUGAUGACUGUCAUGGCCAUCAGUGGUCUUUCUGCAGUCGGUAUCUCGUACACCUCUGCUUGGUGUGUGCGUGUUACUUCGUCGACUACAUACAGUAUGGUUGGUGCCUUGAACAAGCUCCCCUUAGCUAUCUCUGGUAUCCUCUUCUUCGGUGCCCCCGUCACCUUUGGAUCCGUUACUGCUAUUGCCUUGGGUUUUAUCGCUGGUAUUGUCUACGCUCUUGCUAAGGUCCAGCAACAAAAGAGCAAGGGCACCUUGUUGCCUACCAGCAUUCCUCCUGUCAGUGCCAGCUCCCAGAGUAUCCGUGACGGCAUGAGUAAAGCUUAAAGGUCCGUCUCGCCCUGCCGCAUGGAAUUUCUUCUCGCCGACUAUGACACCCAUAAACCCACCCAGUCAACGACACCUCCCCAAACACACAAGCACACUCGAUCUCUUCCCUAAUUAGCAAACCUGUAAUAACGAAAAGUCGCCCUGCUGACUCUAAUAGCAGCUAAGGCGGCGCUAAACAAGGAUAGUGAACUACCCAUCCCUACCUUCCAUCAAUUGUCUUCUUCACAGGCGCUCCGAGAGACGUGGUGUGGACGAGAAGAUUACCCUGACACGGCGAGACGUUCUCAAGUUGUCCAAGCCAGACUAACUCAAUGAGUACGGUCUGCUCGUCAUUUAUGACAUUGUGCACUCCAUAAAGAGCAAAACUGUUUUGUUUCAGCAAGUUUUGUAAAAGGCAUGCUGAGUUCGUAUGAGUGCUCUAUCUGGAAUAGCGUAUUCAGCUGCAGUUUUCUUAAAUGGUUUAACGAGCUAUUCA